AUGGAUCAACAUGCCGACACACCCGAAGCCCGCACCAAGCGCAAACAUCCUCCCACCCCCUCCAACGAGCGGCCCAUGAAGCAAAUCAAGGCACAACCCGAUCCACACGGCCGCAAUGGCACCCUGAGCAUGGACGAACCGCCGUCGUCGGCUUCCGAAGUCAGCCUCGAAGAGCUACCCCCCACACACAUCGCCGGAGCAGUUCACGAUACGGCUGAGUGGCAAAGGACGAUAGAACAUGUGGUCAAGAACGUCGUGUCGAUACACUUCUGCCAGACAUGCUCGUUCGACACCGAUGCGGCUGUCACGUCGGAGGCGACUGGAUUCGUGGUGGAUGCAGAGCAGGGCUACAUCCUUACAAAUCGACACGUUGUUGGCGCAGGUCCCUUUAUCGGUUAUUGCAUUUUCGACAAUCAUGAAGAGUGCGACGUUUGGCCUGUAUACCGCGACCCCGUUCACGAUUUCGGUAUCCUCCGUUUCGACCCCAAAGCGAUCAAAUACAUGCCGUUAUCCGCCCUCCAGCUGCGCCCAGACCUAGCAAAAGUGGGUGUGGAAAUCCGAGUAGUGGGAAAUGACGCCGGAGAGAAACUUAGUAUCCUGUCUGGAGUUAUCAGUCGUUUGGAUCGGAAUGCUCCCGAAUACGGCGAGGGAUACUCCGAUUUCAACACCAAUUACAUACAGGCUGCAGCGGCUGCCAGCGGAGGCAGUUCUGGCAGUCCUGUCGUGAAUAAGGAUGGAUUUGCAGUCGCACUACAGGCUGGAGGUAGAGCAGAUGGAGCAGCGACGGAUUAUUUUCUGCCCCUUGACCGACCCCUCCGGGCCUUGGAGCUGAUUCGGAAGGGCGAGCACGUCUCCAGAGGCACGAUCCAGACUCAAUGGCUGAUGAAGCCGUUCGACGAGUGUCGGAGGCUGGGUCUGUCACCCAAGUGGGAGAAGGCGAUGCGCACACACUUUCCCAAGGAGACCGGUAUGCUCGUCGCCGAAGUCGUGCUGCCGGAUGGGCCUGCGUCCAAGAAGAUCGAAGAGGGUGAUCUGCUCAUCAAGGUCAAUGGCGAGCUCCUCACUCAGUUUAUCCGGUUGGACUCUAUUCUCGACGACAGCGUUGGCAAGAAAGUCAACAUGCUGAUUCAAAGAGCUGGCGAGGAUAUUGAGAUUGAAUUGGACGUUGGCGACCUGCACAGCAUCACACCCGACCGCUUCGUUUCAGUUGCUGGCGCUUCCUUCCACGACCUCUCCUACCAGCAAGCUCGGCUUUACGCGAUUUCACUGAAGACCAAGGGCGUCUAUGUGUGCGAAGCAGCUGGCUCGUUCCGCUUCGCUGAUGGAUAUUCAUCCGGAUGGCUUGUUCAGGAGGUGGACAAUCAGCCUACCCCUGACCUCGACACAUUCAUCGAGGUGAUGCGGAAUAUCCCCGACAGGAAGCGAGUAGUCAUCAAGUAUAAACACCUAAGGGACCUCCACUCAUCCAGCAUUUACAUCUCGGCUAUCGAUCGGCACUGGCACCCCACGAUGAGACUCGCGAAACGCAACGACACCACGGGCUUGUGGGAUUUCAGCAAGCUUGCCGAGGCCGUUCCCGCACUCCCACCCACUCCUGCACGAGCGAACUUUGUGAAGAUCAACUCAAAGUAUCAGGAGGCUGUCGACAUCGUGCGUAGCUUUGUCCGUGUAAGCGUCUCCAUGCCGGUGAAGCUCGAUGGCUUCCCCAAGACGCAUAAGCAGGGCUAUGGUCUGGUUGUAGAUGCCGAGCAAGGUCUCGUCCUGGUCUCUCGAGCACUCAUCCCGUAUGACCUGUGCGAUAUAUCCCUCGUCAUUGCCGAGUCAAUCUUCGUUGAUGCGAAGAUUGUCUUCCUGCAUCCCCUUCAAAACUACGCCAUCAUCAAGUACGACACUUCGCUGGUGAACGCACCGGUCAAGACCCCGAAAUUCUCCACAGAGCCUAUCAGGAAGGGCGACGACACCAUCUUCUUUGGGCUGAACCAGAACUUCCGCCCAGUCGUCACCAAGACAGUCGUGACGGAUAUCUCGUCCGUUGCCAUCCCCGCAAGUGUGGUGGUACCUAGGUAUCGGGCCAUCAACUUCGACGCCAUCACAGUAGAAACCAACCAAGCCUCCCACAGCGCCUCCGGUGUCCUGAUGGCUGAAGAUGGAACUGUCCAGGCGCUCUGGCUAUCCUAUCUUGGUGAGCGCACCUCCCAUAGCGGUAAGGAUGUCGAGUAUCACCUCGGUCUCGACGCGCAGAUGGUUCUUCCUGUCCUUAAGCAGAUCCAAAGCGGGAAGACUCCUAAGCUGCGAAUUCUUAACGUGGAGUUCCAGCCCAUGCAAAUCAGCCAUGCCCGUAUCAUGGGAGUUAGCGAAGAAUGGCUUGCGAAGACAGAACAAGAAGACCCAGAACGACAUCAACUCUUCAUGGUCCGCAAGGUCGACUCGGGCCACCAAGGCAUCGAGGAAGGAGACAUCCUCCUCACGCUCAACGGCAAACUCAUCACCCGCUCCUCCGACCUCGACAUCAUGUACAACAACGAAUAUCUCGACGCGCUCGUCGUGCGGAAAAAGCAGGAGAUGACGCUCAAAGUCCCCACGGUCCCCACCGAGGACCUCGAAACUGACCGCGUCGUCCUCUACUGCGGCGCCACGCUCCACAGACCGCACCAAGCCGUCCGCCAGCAAAUCAGCAAAGUGCAUUCCGACGUCUACAUCUCGUCUCGCGCGCGCGGGUCGCCGGCGUACCUGUACGGCCUCUCGAGCACGAAUUUCUUGACUCAUGUGAAUAACGUGCCCACGCCCGAUCUAGACGCCUUUUUAAGGGAAGUCAAGAAGGUGGGGGAUAACGAGUACUUCCGCCUCAAGGUCAUGACGUUUGACGAUGUGCCGUGGGUCUGCACGAUGAAGAAGAACGAGCAUUAUUUCCCGACGAUUGAGUUCGUCAAGGAUGCCGGGGAGCCGCUGGGGUGGAGGAAGAUUAUUCAUGAGUGUGAUGAGGGGGGUUCGAGGGAUGGGGGUAUGGUGGAGGAGAUGGAGGUCGAUGGGAGUGUGGAGAGUGCUUUGGAGCCGGAGCCAAGGGGGGAGUAG